AUGGAAUCUGGCGCUCUAAAAACUGACCCUGAAAUGGCUGCUCUUUACAAUAGUAUCAAAGAAGAUCAACAUCCCUCUGAUUCUUGGCCUGAAUGGAUCCCUCCAUCUACCCCAAAACAAGACCAUUACCCUGAAAAGCGUCAAAAUCAAUUUUCACGUGGGAAUCGCAAAGAAAAUGAUCAAAAUUCUUGGAAGCAAAACUUUGAAGACCGGCCUAAGCGUUCUAAAGACUCCUACCCAAACCAUGUCAAAAUUGACAAUAAAACCUUAAAAGAACUCUACCAAAACGAAAAGCCAGAGCAUAAAAAAUACAUAUUCUAAUUUCCCAUGGAUGGCGCUAUUUUGGCCUUGAUUUCCCCACUGGAAAAUUUUUUGGUUUGACCAAACCAUAUGGUACUGGUCGAACCAAAAAAAUUUUCCAGUGGGAAAAAUCAAGACCAAAGCAGCGCCAUCCACAGGAAAUUGCAAUACUUCAUUAUCGCGUCAAAAAAUGCCACGAGAAUUGCAAUAACUCAGAGUGUCUCAACUACCAUCCUGGACAAGUACCAAGGCGUGUUCCUUACCCCAUUGAGGACGCUUGGAACUACUGGCCCAAGAUGUGCCAAAAUGAAAAAUAUUGCAGAAAUGGAGUGCAUUGUAAAUAUGCCCAUUCUCUAGAAGAAGUCUCUUAUCAUCCCAUUGUCUAUAAAGUCCAGAACUGUCGAUAUGAAAAAAAUGAAGGACAAAGCUGCAAAAAUAAAGGCUCGCACUGUUCAUAUGCACAUAGUGAUGAUGAUAGAAGAGCGCCUGGCCUUCAGCCUGAAAAGCCAAAAUUCAAUAUAAAAACUUUUAAGACUGAGCCUUGCAUUAUUGAAAGCUGCAAAAAUCAGGACUGCUUAGGGUAUCAUGAUGAAAAGCAAAGGAGAAGGAAUUUAGAUAAAUUCAGAUACGAUGCCAUUCCAUGCAUUUUUGUGUUUCGAGAAAGGAAGUUUUUGGACCCAAACUUAUGUCCAAAUGGAGACGACUGCAACAAAGCCCAUACAAAGAAUGAGAUCUAUUUCCACCAAUCUUUUUACAAAACAAAGCCAUGCAAAAAAGAAGCAUGCAGAGUCAAUAAUAAUUGCCCGUUUUUGCAUCAAAGUCAUAAGGACAAGAAAAAUGUGGAAUCUGCAGCCACUACCAAAAUUGAGCAAAAACCUGAAGAAAAUAAAAUUUCUGAAAAUCUUGAACAAGUCCCUAGUGAAAUUCCUUCCGAUUUACCUCAAGGAAAUGUAGAGACAACAUCUCAAGAAAAUGAAGACAAGCCCAAAGAGAAGCCUAAAGCAGGCAUCUGCAAGUUUUAUUGCAAAAAAUGUGGGGAGCGAGAAAUGGAGUGGCUUUUUGAGUGUGGUGUCUUUGUAUGCACAGAGUGCUUGGACCAAGAAUGUAUCUCCUGCAAGAAAAAGCACGUGACUAAGCUUAAUUUUAAUUAA